AUGUCCGCCGUCUCCCUUCUGGGCGUCAAGGUUCUCAACAACCCUGCGCCGUUUCUGGCGCCUUACCAGUUCGAGAUCACCUUUGAGUGUCUUGAACAGCUUCAAAAAGACCUUGAAUGGAAACUUACCUAUGUCGGCUCCGCCACUUCAUCUGAAUAUGACCAGGAGCUCGACUCCCUCUUGGUUGGCCCCAUCCCUAUCGGAGUCAACAAAUUUAUUUUCGAAGCCGACCCACCGGACCUGAAGCGCAUUCCCACAUCUGAGAUCCUGGGUGUUACUGUGAUAUUGCUUACGUGCAGCUACGACGGUCGCGAGUUCGUCCGUGUGGGAUACUACGUCAACAAUGAGUACGACUCGGAUGACCUGAACGCAGACCCGCCGGCGAAACCGAUCAUUGAAAGGAUACGCCGCAAUGUUCUCGCGGAGAAACCGAGAGUGACGAGAUUCGCCAUUAAAUGGGAUUCCGAGGAGUCUGCCCCAGCAGAAUACCCACCUGACCAGCCCGAGGCUGAUGCUUUGGACGAUGAUGGCUCUGCCUAUGGUGCGGAAGAGGCUGAAUUAGAGGAAGCCCUUAAGAGGGAACUUGAAGAGGCCGAACGCUUAGGCGACGAUCAGGAAAUGGACGAAGAUGACGAAUCUGAGGCUGGAAGUGAGGAUCUCGAGUCCGAGAGCAUUGAGGACGAAGAGGAGGACCUGGAAGUGGAGGAGCCUGGAGAAGGCGACGAGGAUGUCGACAUGGCCGAUGAUGCCGAGUCAAAGGAGAACGCUGGCACGUCGGCUCAGGAGCCGCAGCAACAUCAAUCUGAAGUGAUGGUACACUAA